CCCCGACACGAACACCCAAUAGAGAGGGACAUGUAAAUUCUUUUUGAAAACUUCCCGGGAAAUCUGAGUUUCGCGGGAGGGCUCUUGAGCGCGUAAACCGUAUCCCUUCAUUCAUCAGGCCGCUUCCUGAAGCCAUUUCUCGACGGGGGAAACGAGAGUUGGCUUACUUUUUAAUCCGUUGCAUCUGCCUAAAUGCACGUUCACGAGGACUCCUACGUUGCAAAAGUCGAUGAUUCGGACUUUUAUCUUCACUUCGGUCUGAGUAUUUUUGUAACUCUUGCGGUGGAUUAGCAACCGGAGCGGCUUGUAAGUGUCGAGACAAGAAAGGGGCUACCCGGAGAACAAGAUGAGAAGAGGGAUCUCCUCGGCUCCGGACAAAGUCAUUUUAGCGGGCGUCGGCGGCUCUCCUUUAGACAAUAACAUCAUUUUAACAGCUCUCUCGGAUCGUUUAAACCCCAGUCAAGCCAACGCUACUUACAUUCAAAUAAUAACGACACCCCCGCCUUGCAACGUUACCCAGACCCCAAGUGUAUGUUUGUCCGAGCCCUCGAUAAACAACAUUUACACAACUCCACAACAAAGUGCGGCCAAUGGAGCAGGACGUCGAGCCGCAUUAGGAAGACCGCCGGCCAAAAGGAGGUUAGCCCUGGACGAUUCGGACCACCAGUAUCAGUCAGAACCCUCGAGGUCGUCGAGAGGCAGAGGUGCCCCGGUAGCCAAUGGGACACACGUGAAGACUCCGAAAAGUAAGACUUUUUCACCCAAGUCCCCACCAGAGAGGACGCGCUACGACACCUCCCUGGGCCUGCUGACCAAGAAGUUUGUGGAUCUGCUGGCCCAGUCUUCAGAUGGAGUUUUGGACCUAAACCUUGCAGCAGAGACUUUGCAGGUCCAGAAAAGAAGGCUGUACGACAUCACGAAUGUACUGGAGGGCAUUCAUCUCAUCAAGAAGAAGUCAAAGAACAACAUUCAGUGGAUGGGCUGCAGUCUGUUGGAGGUGGAGGGGUCACUCAACCAAAGGCAGAGACUGACCGCAGAGGUUUCCGCGCUGGCAGAAGAAGAGCAGAGGCUGGAGCAGCUCAUCCAGAGAUGCAGCCUGGACUCCAGGCACAUGAGCGAGUCUUCAAGCAACCAGAAGCAUGCCUACGUCACGUAUGAAGACAUCAAACAACUGUCGAACCUUCAAGACCAGACGGUUAUUGUUGUCAAGGCGCCCACAGACACCAAGCUGGAAGUACCAGAUCCUGACGAGAGCUUAUCCAUCCACUUGACCAGCACCAGAGGCCCGAUUGAAGUCCUCUUGUGUCCUGACGAGGAGAAUGACCACAGCAGUCCUGUGAAAAAUGGAAACACGGACAUCAAUGGGAACUCACCCUUCCUCAAAGUCCUCCAGGAUCCCAGCAUCCCAACCCAGACCCCCAGCACCUCCUUGGCACCAGCACCACCCUCCUCCUCCGUCACCUCCGUCUCGGUCACUGCUCUCUCGCCCAUCUCGUCCCCGUACACCAGCCUUCUUCAGCAAACGGAAGACCAGAUCCCCUCCUCCCUGGGGCCCUUCUUGAACCUGGCCCCCCCGCUCCUGGAGCAAGAUGACUACUUGCUAGGUCUUGGAGACGACCAGGGGAUCAGCGACUUAUUUGACGCCUGUGACUUUGAUAGGAUGCCCUCCUUGGGCCUGGACGACCUCCUGUGCAGCUAGCACUAGCUGCUGUCAAUCAUCCUGGAGUGCAUUGGAGCGCGUUAGACAUGGUGAGCGUGGAUGUCUGUGACUAGUUUGUAUAGGCCAAUUCUAAAUGCAACCCCAACCCUAACCAAAGGCAGACAAGCGGCUGGUUUACUCACCUGAAGAGCAGCAUGGUUGGUACUGGUCUCGUUUGGCAGCAAUGAACCCGAGUGCUCAUAUUAACAGAAGACACACUUGGAGGGAAUCGGAUGGUACAGAACUGAAUGCUAACAACCCUAAAGUCAAACAAUCUCAGCAAAAGUUCCCGCAGGUGAUUACAGUCGCCCCUCCUUUAUCGUGGUCAGUUGCUUCCAGACCCAACUGUGAUGAGCGAAUCACCGCCGAGGAGGAUUCCACAUGUACAAAUGUCAUAUUUGCAUAGCGCAUAGAAAACCUGGUUAUGACCUUGGGAAAUACGUUAAACAUGAUCGGAGCUCUCUGGCAUGGAAUAACAUCCCUAUAGUCACUUUUAUUGGCCAAUAUUAUAGACGUGAGAGAAAAUAGGACAAUAACGUGGACGCGCUUACACCUACCCGUUUGUUGGUUUCAUUUGACUUGAUGGCCUGAAUGAAGUCCUCAAAUUACCGAAGCUGACACGGUGUCAUUCCCACUGCAGGCUUUCCCAUCAGACUCCGUGCCGGACCGGGCUAUGCCUUCGCUUUGAAUGCAUCACUAUAGUAUGUCUUCUCAAUGCCUUGUCUUUGGGUUUUUGCUCAGUUUAGGACAAAGAUAGUCAAAUGUUGCUUCAGUUUGCUCAUUGUUGUUUAAUAAUAUGUCGUAGUCAACCGAGGAAUAGCGAUAGGACUUUUCAAUGAAUAUACUCGGGAAAAUCCAAGUGCAAAAUGGCGAGGGGCGACUGUAUAUCAGCACAUUUUGGACGCGGUUAACUUAAGGCGAAGUGUUGCAGCAUCCGUGCUGUCGGGCCGUUGAACCUGCCGUGAUGUAAAUGGAAACCAGGUGACAAAUAAACCAAAGCCAUUUCUAACCACUGCACGCCAGUCUGGCUUGGUAACAGGUUACCAUGUUACCAGGCUACCAGGUUACCACGCUACCAGGUUACCACGCUACUCGUGACUUGACUCGAUCACUUCCACUCCACGUUAUCCACUAGCAGUUGAGGCGAGUAGACCGAACUCGUGAUCGCUCGGUCAUCACUGGCCUUCAUCUAACCAGUGAUCUAGAUCUUAAAACUGGUGAAAUAUAAUCUGUCAUGAGAAGCCGUUUGCUCGGGGUGGCUGCCCGGACUUGGACCCGUGUGAUGGUAAAACACAACAGUCUUGUCGGAGUCUGUGGUUUUUAAACCUACGGUUGCAGGGCGUGUUGCUGCUGUUGGUGUGACGUGUGCUUGUCUCAGCGUUUAUGGCAGAAGAUCUGUCUUGCUCACGACGGCCUGCCACGUGUCCUUUGUUUUGCUUUCUUUACUAGAAAUGUUGCGUGCCCUAGGGUGCCCUAGGGUGCCCUAGGGUGCCCGAGGCUACCUCGCUUGCUGUUUGACAAGAUACAAGAGUUAAAAAAGAUGGACGCCAGUCUUUGUGGUUACCUUUGCAUUCCUAGCACACUUGGAUCAUCAGUUGUGUGAGCAUCCACGUGUAGACCUUCUCACGAGAUUUACACCACCACCCAGCUGGGGUGCACCCUUGGUGGCCGUGUGCUUGGGGUUUCUUUUCCAGAUGAUAAUGUGAGCCCCAGAUCCUAUUCAGACAUCAAGCGGGAGCUUCUGGGCCCUUUAAAUGGCCGUCACAGGACAUGGCUACGUCUCCACUGGACUGGAAUCGGUGACUUCUGUCCACUGCUCCAGUGUCUAGCAUUGCUUCGUGACACCGUGUGUCCGUUUUACAUUUGGGACUUUUUUUGACAUGUCAAUGAACUUUUAUUUUGUUGUCAAUCUUCGAGAUUAGGGAAGUCUGGUAUUCCGGUCUUUGUCGAGCAAAGAGUAUUUGGGCGACAUUGGAAAGAACAGCGAGGCUGAUGUCUUCCGAUUAGCCGGACUUAGCGUUACGUGAGCUUUCCUAGCAACAUCGCUACUUUUGUCUUGGCAGCUUCUUUUCAAUGUCUCUCAGAUACUCCCACAUAGAAGCAAACUAUCUUUUAUCCGCUUUUUGGGAAGAGCUUGGCAAAGGAAUGUUGAUAUAUGGUAAUGCACAGUUAACCCUGUAGUGUUUCUUCCACAGGGUGCGGUUGUGCGCCCAUGACUGUUUGAUGGAAUGUUGUUGUGGUACGACAGCCGAUAUUGAAUUAGCACCGCCGGACUUGCGAGGCUCAUUCUGUCUGUCGCCCAUUCAGUAAGCUGAAAUAAAAACGAAUAUGUGAUUAAAAAUACAUGCUUCUACAAAAGGAAAACUGUAAUACACAUUUUGUUUUUAAAAUUUGGGUGGAAGGUUGUUGGGAUGUCUAAUGUUUAGCAUUUUCCUGUGUGUUCCUACGGUUUUGCUUUGCUUUAACUUUUGCUAACGAGGAAUUGAGGGUUGCAUAUGUGUGUGUGGGGGGCAAAGUGGGAUUUUUCUAUCUACUGUCAGACUUUGUAAUGGAACAUUUGAAUAAAGGAAAUCUA